AUGCCGCCUCGCCGUCGGCCAGAUGUUCAGUCUCAAGGCUGGCAGCAAUGGUGGGUACUAGCACCUGCCCGUGAGCUGGACCCCGUGAUUCCGGUGUGUGUGGCAGGGAGGCCAUCGCAAUAUGCCGCCAGUGCAUAUUUCCGAAGGAAAUUUGCGGCACUAUUUCGUGAGUCAUCGCCGAAAUGCUUCUCGCAACGGAGACCGCCAGCAAGGUAUUGUCAGGAGUCAGCAUCCGUCACAUCCAGGGCCACGCAGGUGUGGCCAAGUCAGGAGUUCUCAAAGAUGGACGAGGAGCGGCAGUCACCGAUUCGCAGCUCUCUGCAGCAUGACGAGGGCAUGGCCCUUGCAGUUCAAUCUAUCCACAGACUCCGAGCUUCUGGCGGAAACCGGCGAGGAGUUGUGGGUGCCGGCAUGCCGACUCGCAAGGACCAGGGUCAGGUUGGAAGGAAGUGA